CGCGAGCCUCAUUUCCUGGCAGCUCCGCCGCUCUCCCAGAUGUUCCUCUCCUCCCCAUGGGGCAGCAAUGAAGACGGGAUUUGACGAAAAGUGAAGCUGAGGUUUCAGGAACUUUCUAAUCCGAGGAGCUCUGGCAGGAAGCUAUCUGCAAGGAUGUACAGUAGAUAUGGAGGGAGUCCUUCCAGAGCUGUGUCCACGAUGUCCCUCUCAGUGCGCCCAUCCCGUCGCAUCCUCUCCACCCCCAUCACUAGGAGUCAGUCGUUUGCCGGAGUCAACUCCUCCCACGACAAGCCUUACAGGAACCUGUCGGUGUUCAGCACCCCUGCGUGCCCCAGAAGGACGCCCUCGCGCAGCAGCAGGAUGUUCACCCUGUCUACCAAGUCUCCGCCCCCCAAGGUCCCGCAGCCCGAGCGGCUGGAUGAGGUCUACGAGGCACUGAAGAGAGGCCUGCAGGCCUACCUGCAGGUCCACCAGCUGGAGCUGGACAGCCUGAGCCGGCAGAUGAGGGAGUCCAAGAGGAACUCCCGGCUGGGCUUUUUGUAUGAACUGGACAAGCAAGUGAAGGCGAUUGAGAGGUUCAUGCGCAGGCUGGAGUUUCACCAGAGUAAGAUCGACGAGCUGUACGAGGCCUACUGCAUGCAGCGCCGGCUGAGGGACGGGGCCAACAAAAUGGUGAAGGCCUACACCGCCUCCCCGGGCAGCCGCGAGGCCCGAGAGAGCCUGUCCGAGGCCAACAAGGGCUACAAGGAGUACACGGAGAACAUGUGCAUGCUGGAGAGCGAGCUGGAGAGCCAGCUGGGAGAGUUCCACGUGAAGAUGAAGGGGCUGGCCGGUUUCGCUAGGCUGUGCGCUGGUGACCAGUAUGAGAUCUUCAUGAAAUACGGGCGCCAGAGGUGGAAGUUGAGGGGCCGAAUCGAGAUCAACGGCAAGCAGGUGUGGGACAGCGAGGACAUGGUCUUCCUGCCACUCAUCACCGAGUUCCUGUCCAUCAAGGUGACAGAGCUGAAGAGCCUGGCUAAUCACGUGGUAGUGGGGAAUGUGUCAUGUGAAACCAAGGACCUGUUUGCAGCCCUUCCCCAGACUGUGGCUGUGGACAUCAAUGACCUGGGCACCAUCAAACUCAGCCUGGAGGUCUCCUGGAAUCCAUUCGAUAAGGACGACCAGGCCACCACUGCCAGCACCGUCAACAAAGCUUCCACAGUCAACAAGAGGUUCUCUACCUACAACCAGAGCCCCCCAGACACCCCUUCCCUGCGAGAACAAGCCUUCUAUAACCCUCCUCGAACCGAUACAGAAAAACGCAGGUGGUCCUUGCUGGAUGUUUUCCGGGAGACCCUUGCUGAAAAACUGUCUCAGAGUUGCUCGUGCGGUGAUGUCACGUCUGUCCCUCUUGCCUGUGCUGGUAACGUGCAGCUGAGCAACAUGCUGCGGCGCCAGGAAGAGCUGGACAACGGCACGGCCUGGUCCAACUCCUCCGAGUCCUCGGACGACUCCUCCAGCCCGCAGCUGUCCCUCGGCCUGCGGCACGCCCACAAGACGCUGGUGCAGCCGGAGCUGCAGGCGGCCGCGCCCCCCAUCCAGAUCUCCUUCGCCCCCCGCGAGGCGGCCGCGGCGGCCGGGCCGGCCGGCCCGCAGGACGGGCCCCGGGGCCGGGAGGACGGAGAGGAGGAGGAGGAGGAGGAGGACGAGGAGCCGGGGGAGCAGGUGGUGUCCAACGGGCACAGCCGCUACUCCCGCUCCCUGAGCCACAUCAGCGAGGCCAGCGCCGACGGCGCCGUCCCAGAGCUCCGAGCCCCCGAGUCUCCCGGCGGUCAGGCGGAGCUCGCCGACGCGGUUUCUGUCAGCGAUAUAGGGAUGGAGCUCCCCUCCUCCCCAGAGCCAGAGCCACAGCCACAGCCUGCGGCCGCGCACGAGGCCCUCGAGCCCCCCGAGACGGCCGCCCCAGAGCCUGAGCAGCCUGCAAGGACCAACGAGGGGCUCCCUUCCACUGCGGAGGACAGGGACAGCGUCCGGACAACCAGGGACAGAGACUCGGUGGUCCUCGCGGAGCCGCAGGCGGAUUGCAAGGAGGAGGCUGCCCCCCCGGAGCUGGCCACGGCCGAGACAGGGAGAGACGGUGCCCCCUCCAGAACAGAAAGUCUCUCGAGGCAGGGGGACGCCGAGGCGGGGAGGCCCGGGCUGCUGGCAGAGCCGGAGUGCAGGCCUCCUGCCAGCCCCGCAGACAGUGGCCUUGAGGAGGCUCAAAGCACCGCUGCGUCCAGGCCAAGGGAGGAGGACGCAGGAGCGCCGAGGCCGCAGCCAGUGGACAGUGGGCUGGAAGAGGCUCUCGGCACGGUCGUCUCCUUGCUGGAUGACUACAGGGGCCAGUUCCCCGAGCUGCAGACCCUGGAGAAGCAGAUCAGGCACCUGGAGGAGGUUCUGAUGCUGGGGCAGGGCCGGACCCGCAGCAGGUCCUCCAGUAUCAGCCUGGCGGUGGAGACGGCCCUGGAGAGCUUCGACUUCCUCAACACCUCGGACCUGGAGGACGAGGGUUCGGAGGCCUCGGGGGGCCAGGACCGCCGGGACAGUGUGCAGAGUGCGUCCCUCAGGCCUGCGGAGGAGAGCGUGCAGGAGGGGCAGAUGUGCGCGCGCUGUGGGUCGUCCCCGCUGCCCCUGACCACAGGCUGCCAGACCCUGGACCAGGCGCUGGUGGCUCACCUGCAGACCUGCAGCACACAGCUUUUGAGCCUGCAGUCGGGGGACCAGGAUGCACUGCUGAAGGCCCUGAAGAGACCGCCUGAGUCGAGCCUGCAGAGGGAAGGGCUGCAGGCUGUCAGUCUGCUGCUGCAGGACCCCAGGGGCAAGGUGUGCAACGCUGCCUCUGGCCUCCUGCGCAACCUGGCUGAACAUCCCCAGCACAGAGAGAGGGCCCUGGUGUGCUGUCUGGAGCUGCUGGAGGAUGACCGAGCGGAGACGCGGGCUGCAGGCUGUAAGGCUCUUGCGUGUCUCAAGGCUAAAGAAAGCAUCGACCAGCUGGCGUACCUGUGCCAGACAGACAAGGAGGACGUGAGGGACGCAGCCAAGCAGACUCUACUGUCAUUUGGGCACGAGGGGAAGCUGGCCUACCGGCACGUGGAGGAGAGCCAAGAUGGGGUCCCCCGGCUCUUCGCCCCAGGGGCCAUGACUCUGACGGUCUCUCUCCCUCUCCCCUCCCCAGUGGUGCCACAGCUGGAGACCUGUGACGGCGCCCUGGCCUUCUGGAAGCAGUGCACAGACUGUGACAACGUCUUCACCACCUCUGCUGACACCUUCCUGCACACCCUGAGCUCGGCGUUCAGUGCCAGGCUGCCGGAGCGCUCUGCCAGCCUGGCAGACACCGUGUUCCUGCGGCUGGCGGAGCGCGUGCUGGACCGGAAACUGCCCAGGCGGGGGGGCAGCGGAGGCAGGGGGACUCUGACGCUCUUCCAGUUCUGGAGCUACCUGGAGGCGGAGGGCGUCACGGCGCUGGGCACGCACGUGGCCGAUCUCGCGGAGGAGGUGUGGCUGGUGCAGAGCCUGCAGUCGGGGGACCAGGAUGCACUGCUGAAGGCCCUGAAGAGACCGCCUGAGUCGAGCCUGCAGAGGGAAGGGCUGCAGGCUGUCAGUCUGCUGCUGCAGGACCCCAGGGGCAAGGUGUGCAACGCUGCCUCUGGCCUCCUGCGCAACCUGGCUGAACAUCCCCAGCACAGAGAGAGGGCCCUGGUGUGCUGUCUGGAGCUGCUGGAGGAUGACCGAGCGGAGACGCGGGCUGCAGGCUGUAAGGCUCUUGCGUGUCUCAAGGUGGGUCUGAAACCGCUGCCGCUGGAUUCUUCAGCUCUCGAAUUCAGAAAAGGCCUUUCCAGCAUGAUCGUGACACACUGGGCUGCUGCUAAUGGAGCCACAUCAGUCCAAGUGCCUGGAGGAACAGUGGAGAGCAAUUUCGAUAAAUGA